CUUCACUACAGGUUAAACUCUUGGUUUAGAGUUCUAAGGGAAAAAAAGGAAAGUGCUUUCUGCUUUCUUGGUUUCUCUGCAACAGUCUUUUGUCCUUUCUUGCAAGCAUAAAAAUAUAGCCAAGCAAAAUCAAAGUUUUAAGUUUGAUUAAAACACCAAAGAACCUUCGGUCUUUCUAAAGAAACGGGACAUGAAUCUUCUUGCACUGUUUCUGCCCAUAUGGGCAUUGUCUAGCACAUUUUUGUUUUUCUUGCUUGAUGCCAGACCUGAGUCCACACUCUCUCCCAUUUCUGGACCUUCCCUUCUUGCUAGGAAAGAACCUAUUUCACUCUUUUCUGCAAAAAUGGAAGCUCAAUCUCCAGGACCGCCUGUGGCUCCUAUGGUAAAAAUAGUGCACCACCAAGAUUUGAACAAGAGAAUCCUCAUAGCUCUAAUUGUUGCUUCUUCUGUCCUUGGAGGAAUCUUGAUGUUUCUGUCGUGUUUCUGGAUCCACAGAAUGAAAAGCUCUAAGAACUCUAACUCCAAAGGCAAACAAAAUUUUGAUGCUGGAAAUGGGCAUUCCUUGAGUCCAAUUCUGGAUAAAUUUAAUUCCUUGAAGAUGGCUAGUAGGAAGGGUUCCAUUGCUGUGAUGGAAUAUCAGUUGUUAGAAGCUGCAACAAACAAUUUCCAGGAAAAUAAUUUAUUGGGUGAAGGUGGUCAUGGACGUGUCUACAAAGCUCAUGUCAAUGACAAACUCGUUGCAGCAGUAAAAAAACUGGAGGGCACAGGACAGGAUGUACAAAGAGAAUUUGAGAAUGAGAUGAAGUGGUUGACAAAAAUUCAGCAUCAGAACAUAAUUUCUCUUUUGGGUUACUGCAUUCAUGGUGAAGCGAAGUUUCUUGUGUAUGAAAUAAUGCAAAAUGGGUCUUUGGAAAGUCAAUUGCAUGGACCAACACAUGGAUCAGCAUUAACUUGGCCUCUCCGUAUGAAAAUUGCUGUUAAUGUUGCAAGGGGACUAGAGUACCUUCACGAGCAUUGCAAUCCUCCUGUUGUCCAUAGAGAUAUAAAGUCAUCAAACAUUCUUCUGGAUUCCAACUUCAAUGCCAAGCUUUCAGACUUUGGCCUUGCUGUAACUUCCGGAAUCGAAAAGAAAAACAUAAAGCUUUCAGGAACUUUAGGUUAUGUUGCCCCAGAGUACCUUUUGGAAGGUAAAUUAACUGAUAAAAGUGAUGUCUAUGCCUUUGGAGUUGUUCUUCUGGAGCUACUCAUGGGAAGACAGCCAGUGGAAAUGAUUUCAGAAGAUCAAUGUCUGUCUAUGGUAACAUGGGCCAUGCCUCAGCUUACUGACAGAUCAAAGCUUCCUCAUAUUGUGGACCCUGUUAUCAAGGAUACUAUGGAUUUAAAGCACUUAUAUCAGGUAGCUGCGGUGGCAGUAUUAUGCGUACAACAGGAACCGAGUUAUAGGCCGCUGAUAACAGAUGUUCUGCAUUCACUCAUUCCUCUUGUACCUCACGAGCUUGGAGGGUCACUAAAAGUAACAGAACCUCUUCCUCCUGCCCUGCAUUCUCAACAAUGAUGAUGGAAUAUGCAGCUACAUUCGUGUUCUUCAUGAUCAUUCUUUUUUCAUAUGACUAUUUCCUUCAUAGAUUCGAAUGUGUGCAAAUCAUCACUGGAAUUUUUUUUCCCUGCCACCACGGUUGUAAAUUAAUUGAAUCAAAUGUGAUUUGUCCAUGUUAACGUUCUUGUAAUGGUGUAUUUCCAAGAACUAGGUUCAGUGAGAUGUCCUCUUUGGAGGCAAAAAUGGCAGGAAACUUGAAGUUGAUUGAA